UGUGCUAUCUUGAGACUCAGUCUGCCCAUACAAUAACCACAUAGUGUCGACAUGGUUAGCCAAGAAGAGUUGUUGAUUGAAAAAGUGUGCGAGCUCUAUGAACAAAUUUCAAGGCUUGAGAGUCUCAAACCCUGCAAAAAUGUCGACAUGCUUUUUACCCAACUAGUGCUCACAUGCAUACCCCCUAGCCCAAUCGAUGUCACUAAUCUCAACACAACCGUGCAAGAUAUUAGAUCCAACCUUAUAAGAAUCUGUGGUGAAGCUGAAGGACAUUUGGAGACCCACUAUUCAACCAUCCUAGGCUCAUACGACAACCCUCUUGAUCACCUUAAUAUUUUUCCUUAUUAUACUAACUACCUUAAACUUGGUCUCCUCGAGUACACUAUCCUUAGCCAACACUGCACCCAUGUCCCUAGCAAAAUUGCCUUUGUGGGUUCAGGACCCCUUCCUCUUACUUCAAUUGUCUUGGCAUCAAAUCACUUACCCGCCACAAUUUUUCACAACUAUGACUUGGACCCUUUAGCCAAUUCAAAUGCUAUGCGCUUGGUUUCCUGUGACCCUGACUUGUCAAAGCGCAUGCUUUUUCACACCAAUGAUAUAUUGGAUGUGUCCAAUGCUUUGAAGGACUAUGAAGUUGUUUACUUGGCAGCCCUUGUGGGCAUGGACAAGGAGGGAAAGAACCGAAUCAUUGAUCACUUGGCUAAGCACAUGGCUCCAGGGGCACUUCUUAUGCUAAGGAGUGCUCAUGGGGCAAGGGCUUUUCUCUACCCUGUGGUUGACCCUUGUGAUCUUCGAGGCUUUGAGGUCCUCUCUGUGUUCCACCCCACGGAUGAGGUUAUCAAUUCAGUUGUCAUAGCACGUAAAUAUCCUAUGCCUAUGCCUAUGCCUAUGCACUCACUUGAGCAAGGCCUUGGUUCUAUGAUCCUACCCAACAAGUGUUCUGAGAUCCAAGCCUUCAACCCCCUUAACCAUGGGAAUAUGAUUGAGGAAUUGACCAUUGAGGAGCAACUCUUGUAAACUCUCACUCUCUGAUUUCCUCUUAUCUACUCCGUGUCAUGCUUUAGAUGGGAAUUGGGUCAUGUGGUAGCAACUUAAUUACUUCAUAUUUCCUCUUACAUAUAUGUCCGACUGUUUUGUUCACAUCGAGCAAAACAUUAGUGUUUUUCAUAAUGUUGUUCUUAAAUUUUCAAUAAAUAUAAAAGAGAUUAUG